AUGCAAUUCUCGCGGAUUCUCGAGGGCGUAGUGUUUGCGAUUAGCGGAGUGGCGAAUCCGGAGCGCGCCGAGCUGCGCGGGAAGGCGAUGGAGAUGGGCGCGCGGUACCGGCCGGACUGGACGCCGGAUUGCACCCUGCUCGUCGCCGCGUUUCCCGGCACGCCGAAAGUCAGAUCCGUGACUGCCGAUGACGGCACGAUUGUUUAUAAGAGGUGGGUGGAGCAGUGCUACAGUAAUCGCCGCCUUAUGAGCAUCUCCCCCCACCUCUUGCAUCUCGGGCGGCCGUGGCGCCAAGGCGGGCCGGCAGACAGAGACGUGGAGGACGGCGGCGGGCGGCGCAGACGAAUCGCGGAGGCGGGGGUGGGGGAGGGGGAGGAGGAGGAAGAAAAGAAGCCCAAAAGGCGGAGGCUGCUCAUUCCCCCACUGACUGGGGGCGGAGACAUGGGGGGAGGGAACGGGGGGAAGCUAUCGGGGGAGGAGCUAGUGGCGCAGUGGGUGGCGGGGGACAUGGUUCACGUGAGGGCGUUUUUAGAGGAGCAGGAGGAGCAGCCUCCCGAGGGGGAGGUGGAUAGAGUGGCGAGAGAAGGCAUGCUGGCGUGCUUUGAUGACGCCAUUGCUGGCGUGGAGAAAGGGCAGGCGCUCGCAGCAUCGAUUGCCUCGUGGCCUGUCGUGCCACGCGUGCUGGACCCCCAAACCUCUGUCUCCGCCCCUCCGCACCUCCUCCCCUCCUCGCUUCCACCGCUGCCGAUCUCCCUGGGGUGUGGGGGGGCGGGGGGAGGGGAGUGCCUGCGGGUGCUAAGGCAGUGGAGGGGGAUCGGGUUUCACGCGGCUAUCGCUCCUUCUGCCGCCAUGGCUACUGCGCGCCAGUAUUUCCCGCCGCAGUCGCAGCGCCAGCCGCAGUUCUGGCGGCCGGGAGCGGCGCGUCCGGGCGAGUCGCUCGCGUCUCGGGCGUCGCUAGCGGUGGACGCGGACGGCGCGGAUGCUGACGUGUCAAUAGCCUCGCUGGCAAGUCCCUUUGUACAGAGCGGGCGUGAGAAGCUACCGGUGUUCAAGCACAGGGAGGGCAUCUUAUACCUGGUGGAGACUCACGCCGUCACUGUGGUGGUGGGGGAGACAGGCAGUGGCAAGACCACUCAGAUACCGCAGUACCUGGUGGAAGCAGGGUGGGCGGCAGGAGGGCGAGUGGUGGCGUGUACGCAGCCCAGAAGAGUAGCAGCUCAGAUGGUGGCAAGCAGAGUGGCGGAGGAGAUGGGGGUGGCUCUGGGGGAGAGAGUGGGCUACAGCAUCCGCUUUGAGAACGUCACCACGCAGAGUUCUCGGAGUGAGGGAGGAGAUGGGCUUGGCUUUGGGGGAGAGAGUGGGAUACAGCAUCCGUUGUGA